UGUGGGGGACGUGUUACAAGCUUGGGUUCGGUGGAGGGCAAAAGCACAGGCGAAGAAUAGUUCCUAUUUUGUCCCGCAACGGCAACGGCCGCAGGUGUCGAGCGAGCUGGCCUGCUUUCAACAUCAGUUGCUUAUCAAAGGCGGGGUGUGGGGUUUCCCUUCAGAUGUGGAUCGGGAGCACCUUGAACCGUGGUCUUUGAUCGAAAGGAUUUGUUUUGAUUUCGGGUCAUAAGUUCACGACUUUGGACUCAGUGAUCAGGAUUCAGUCAGGCCUGAGGCCUAGUUGUUAACUCUGCUUUCUUUGGUUCUGACAGGACGUGUUUUCGAGAAGAUAAGGUGGCGGUUCCAUUUCUUUUUUCCGCAGUAACCGUUGAGGGCCGCCCCCCAUUGCCCACAGGAGGACUUGUGAUGUGCGAGUUAUUCCUGUAAAGCCAGCUUUUAACGUGUCCGACUCAAAUUCCGCGAUAACCUUGUCGGACUAAGAGGGGCAAAAACAGCACUAAUUCUGACUGCACACCGACGAUUUUAUCUUCAGUCAGCUACGCGUGUCCUUAAGUGUCUGAGGCUGAUAAUUCUUCAUUUUUAUUUUUACCGUUGUCAAAGCUAGAUGACGGUAUAUAAACACCGACCUAAUGGACUAAUCUCAACGCACAGAUCUGCAGGCAAGGACAGAAGAUGCGUCGAGUUGUUUCUGAUUUAUUGAGAUGGGUGUGUUAGCGGAUGAAAGAUGAAUCUCUCAUUUUGUACAGAAAGCGCUUGCGGAUGUUGUGUGUAAAUAUUCUCAUUUAUAUAUAAAGAAGGUUGUUUUCCAUUUCUAAUAUAUUUUGAAAAGACAUUGUCGCUCUGGAUCAGGAAGUGGAUCAAGGCGAGUUUCCUCUCUUGACUUUGACUGAGGCUCGUCACCAGUCCCAUAUGCCUUCAGCACUAGCCAUCUUCACCUGUCGGCCAAACUCGCACCCUUUUCAGGAGCGCCAUGUCUACCUGGACGAACCUGUCAAAAUUGGUCGAUCGGUGGCACGUUGCAGACCAGCCCAAAAUAACGCCACUUUCGAUUGCAAAGUCCUUUCCAGAAACCACGCUCUCAUCUGGUUCGACCACAAAACAGGCAAGUUUUAUCUGCAGGACACUAAAAGUAGUAAUGGUACGUUUAUUAAUAGCCAACGUUUAAGUCGAGGAUCAGAGGAAAGCCCGCCAUGUGAGCUCCUGUCAGGGGACAUCAUUCAGUUUGGUGUAGAUGUAACUGAGAACACCAGGAAAGGUAAGGUUACUCAUGGAUGCAUAGUAUCGACAGUUAAGCUCUUUAUGCCUGAUGGUAUGGAAGGCCGGCGGAGAUCUGAUGUCAUCCAGGCUCCUCUACCACUUCCUGUUGAAAAGGUGGCUGCUAAUUCUCCCAGUAUGUACUCUCAGGAACUAUUCCAGCUCUCUCAGUAUUUACAGGAGGCCUUACAUCGAGAACAGAUGCUGGAGCAGAAGUUGGCCACCCUUCAACGGUUACUUGCCAACACUCAAGAGGCAUCAGAUAGUAGCUGGCAGGCUUUAAUAGAUGAAGACAGGUUGCUAUCGAGGCUAGAAGUAAUGGGAAACCAGUUACAAGCUUAUUCAAAGAACCAAACUGAAGAUGGCAUAAGGAAAGAGUUGGUAACAUUACAAGAAGACAAACACAGUUAUGAGACAACAGCCAAAGAGUCCUUGAGGCGGGUCCUUCAGGAGAAAAUAGAAGUAGUCCGGAAGCUCUCCGAGGUGGAGCGAAGUCUGAGUAACACAGAGGAUGAAUGCACCCAUUUAAAGGAAAUGAAUGAUAGAACACAGGAAGAAUUGAGAGAACUGGCCAAUAAGUACAAUGGAGCUGUGAAUGAAAUUAAAGAGUUCACUGACAAGUUAAAGCAUGCUGAAGGGAAACAAGAAGAGAUUCAGCAGAAGGCCCUAUCUGAAAAGAAGGAAUUGCAGCACAGAAUAGAUGAAAUGGAAGAGAAGGAACAGUUACUUCAAGCGAGGAUUGAAGCCUUACAAGCUGAUAAUGAUUUCACCAAUGAACGGCUUACGGCUUUACAAGUACGGUUAGAACAACUUCAGGAGAAAAACAUCAAGGAUCACAAUAGUAUAGGAAUCCAAGUUGAUGACUUGUUACCUAAAAUUAAUGGAAGCACAGAUAAAGAGCACUUUCUAUUAAAGAGUGGAGGGGACUGCUCUGAGCUAUUCCAACAGUUCAUUGAGUGCAAGAACAAGUUGAAAGCCCCACUGGACACAACUGAGAACAAUAGGAUUUCAAAUAUGGAAGGUAAAAGGCAUAUUUCCACUCUUAUAGCAGAGGACCAUCAUACCAAAGGCUCAGAAGAAGCAAAGCUAUUGAAAGUGGGCUCUUCUGUCUCCUCAGAAAAUCAACUGGAAGCAAAGGAAUCUGAUAUGUCUGACACACUUAGCCCAAGUAAGGACAGGAGCAGUGAAGACACUACAGAUUACCAAAUGGAUGAACAGGAGUUGAAUGAAUCUUUAACUAAAGUUUCAUUAUUAAAAGACCUCUUGGCAGAGGCGAGAGCUUCCAGCAGAAAACAUGAAAGUGAGCUGGAUCAUCUCAAGUAUGAGCUGCGACGUGCCCAUGCACAAACCGGUGAUUCAGACCGAGAGAUACAGCAACUACACCAAGAAUUGAAGGAAGCACGGGAAUUGGCCAUAACUAGCAAACAAAAAUGUUUUGAAGUGCAAGCACUACUAGAAGAGGAAAGAAAGAUAGCUAAACAGCAGACUGAAGAAUCAGCCAGCCAGAUCCAAGUGUUGCAAGCCCAACUCCACAAAUUACAAAAGAACAUUGAGAUCCUUAGAGAAGAAAAAGAGAAUGAAAUUAUUGAAACACGUGAUCAAUUAGCAAGUACCCGUAAAGAGAUUGUGGCUUUACGACAGACAGCAGUAGAGGCAGCAACAGGUCGUGAAAGUGACAUUGCCAUUCUCCGAGGGGAAUUGCAGAAAGUGCAAACUGAGCUUGAGCAAUGGCGGCAAACUGCCUCAGAAUUUGAAGCAGAAAUUUUCAACCUUCAAACCAAGCUCCAUCUUCAAACAAAGCAACAAAAGGAUAAAGAGAAAGGGGAAGCAAUGAAGUUACAAGGUAAACUGGAUGAAUUACAAAAGCAGAGCAAUGGGCUACAGAAUGAUUGUGAUUCUCUUCUACAAGAAAAAGUUAUUCUGACAGAAAAGCUACAGUGGUUUGAGGAAGAGCUCCGAUGUGCUCAGCAACAGAGUGUUAAGCUGACCAAAGAUGUCAGUGGACUAGAGAUUUCUCGGAAAGAGCUAGAAGUUCAGGUUGGAAUGUUGAAGGAGCAACGCUUACAAGAGACAAAUGGACUAAGAGGACAAUUAGCACAGGCUGAAAAUGAGACUCAGAAAUUUCAGAAACAGUAUGAGGCAAAUCAGACUAUGUAUCUGGAGUUGAAGGAAAAGCUUGACAAGACUCAGAAAGUGAAUGAGUCCAUCACAGAAGAACUCGAAAAUUGUAAAGAAAAUUUGAAGCUGCUGCAACAGAAGGGAAACAAUGAUGGAUUGUUCAAGUGGAUGCCAGUGAUGGCCGUGCUGGUUGCUGUGACGGUGGUAGUGUUAUACCCAGCAUUGAAUAGGGCCUCGCCAUAAAACUGCGAGAAGUGUCUCAAACUACCGAAUGUCCUCCCCUUUGACAUUGGCUUUCUUUUACUACAGGGAACAAGCAGAUCUGUUUCCUUUUUACCUCUAACAAAAACAUGGCUGUUUCAGAGUACGACAGUAGGAUUUUUGCUUGAACUGUAUAAAAUGUAAUUGUAUAUAGAGGGAAUAAAAAUUUGUGACUGGAUUCUACUCUAGAUAAUGUUUGGUUUGCAUUUUUCCUUUUUUAAAAUAAAUCAGUACUUUGGAAUUAUGUAAAGAAAUAUGGUGGCCUAAACUAGGCUUCUUGGUACCAAAAUAUUAAAAGCAUCGAAGUUAAUUUAGUUUCACUUCUGAGUUCUACUGUAUCUUUUGAUAAUAGUGAUGCAAUUCCACCAACUGAUGCACUUAUGCCAGAAAACUAAUGCUAAUGGAAACAAAUGGUUCAGCUGCUGCCUGUUUGAUCCACAUACAAGAGGUGAUAGGCCAUUUAAAUAGCAGUCUCAUUUAAAACGUAAGUGUAAUGCUAUUGCACGGUUGAGAGACUACACCUGAAUUUCACUGGAUUUUAACUUCUCCCAACAUUUUUUUUAAAUCUCAGUGUACAUUUUAUUGAAGAAACAGCAGUAACCUUGAGUCAUGCAUACAUAGUAGAUGCAUUUUAAUUGUUUCUUCCUUUUGCUGACUUUUUAUGGUCAUCCAUCUCAAUUAGUGUUUCACCUGCAAAGGUAAGUGGACCAUAAAUCCCUAAAAUAGCAUCAAAUUCACACUUCUCUGUAUAUCAGUUGGUGGAAACUGUGCAUCAAUUGGUUAUAAAAAGACUAAAUGUUUAUAUGUUUUCCCUAGUGAUGGGGAUACCGAUGUAAGAGGCUGACUGAAAUAUUUCUGAUGCACAGCAUUUGCUUACAAUGUAGACUAUGACUGGGACUCAAAUCUGCAACCAUAAAGCAGUCUAAUGCUACUGCCUUAAUCACUACAUUCCCAGGACAGUCCUUCAUCUGUCUUUCAGACAGCUGUCAUGCUCAUUAUAGGAGUCAUACCAGCAAGCACUUUGUUUCAAAGUGAGUUAGAGGAAAAAAUGGAUCGUCACCUUAAUUUUUUCAUGUCACCUUUUUAGCCAAAUGAGUUGGGUAUUGCCUUAUUUUAAAAAUAAUUCAAUUUAUACAUUUUCAACCACAGCAUGAUAUGUUGAAGUUGUACUGUAUAAUUGCAUAUAUUGGUACAAGAUUCCAUAGUCAAAUUUUGGAAAAAAACACUUUAACAUUACAGCUGUUUUAAAAUAUUCUUGAGAAUAGAAAUAGAUCUUCAAGAAUGUAUUGAGAAAUCUGCUACAUAGGUUAUCUUAAAAUGUGUUGAGGGUGAAUGUUGGGUUUUGUUAGAUGUCCCAUUCAUUCAGGAAUUUUAUUUGUUUAAACACAAGGUUGUGGGGAAAAGAAACACUUGUUUAUGUGAAAACAAUCUGUUCAAAAGUCUGUCAACCUGAGCAUUUGUUUGAAUGGCCAAUAAGCUAUGAUAUUCCACCCCAGCUACACACACAUGCUAAUGGUCCUCGGUACCUCCUGUACAUAGGUUGUUUGCAAAUAUUGUUCUGAUAUGCUGAAUUACAGAAAUAAAUUUUUUAAAGUAAAAUAAUUGUUUUAAAUCUAUUUUGUAAAAAAGGUUGAAAGUACAGUAGAAUUUCUGGACUACAAAUUAAAGUAUUUGCACUAACAUACGUGAUGUGCAUGAUUUAAUAAAAUAAAGUUUGCUCUCUCUA